AUGAAGUUCUCUACCGGAGUCGUUUCCACCCUGGCUGUGGCCAGCGCCACCAUGGCUGCUCCCUCCAAGAAGUGCCGCAACGAGGACCUCCCCACCACCUUCAUUGCCGGUGUUGAGGUUGUUGACACCCAGCUCGUCCGUGAUGCCCACGAGCUUGUCAAGGAGUUCAUCCCGCUCCAGCCUUACUUGUACAACCACGUUGUCCGAACAUGGCUCCUCGGUGCUGCUGCCCUGAACAACAACGCCACUCUUAAGAGCGAGGUCGACCUUGAGCUGCACGCUGUCGGCUCUCUCCUUCACGAUCUUGCCUGGGACCAGCGUGACGACUCUCCCUACAACAGCCACGCUUACCGUUUCGAGAUUGACAGUGGUGUUGCCGCUGUCAACUUCGUCAAGGGCCACAAGGAUGGUGGCAAGUGGAGCGCUGCCCGUCUUGAGAAGCUCUACGAUGGUAUCUCUCUACAGACCAUCCUCGGUGUUUCCGACUUCAAGAACAUCGACACCCAGUGGAUCGUCAAGUCCAUUGGUUUCGAGUUCCCCCAGCCGCGGUCUCCCCUCAUCCCUGAGCAGUUCUACGACAGCGUCCAGGGCAACUUCACCAACAGCACUCUCUUCCGUGGUACCAACGACACCUUCACCCGCUUCUGUGUUAAGGACCCUGAGACCACCUACAACACCUUCCUCUCUGUCUUCGGUGAUGAGUACGUUGCUGGCUACACUGAGCAGGGUGCCCGUCUCUUCGACCUCAUCCAGGGUGGUAUCCAGCUCGAGCUCGGCCAGUACCCCGAUGUCUCCUUCACCCCUCUUCCUCCCGUCAGCGCUUAA